GCAAGUAUCCUGGCCGGCCAACUCCACUUGUCACACUUCUCGAGACCUCUAACCGCCCACUUCCACUCCAUGAUCGUCUAUACAUACAUAUCUGAACCCCUUCAUGAACUUCCAUCUCCACCGAGAUACAAUCUUCGAAAGAUUGACCUUCAACUGUAAACACUGCUAUCCAUCAUAUAGUAGCACCCAUGGAGUGGUCGAUACAGUACUCGCCGCUUCAGCUGCAGCCGGUUGAGAUGCAGCAAAAGACAGCCGACCUCUCCUUCCUCGGGCGGCGGACAAUGGCGCCCAGGCCUUUGUCAGAAGCCACCGAGAUCUUUGACACUGACAACGAGGACGACUCCGAGUCCCUCCCCAGACCCUGGGACUCACAAGAUGAUGAUAGUGAAUCGACUCUAUCAUCCAGCCGCGACGAGCUCCCUACCCCGCCUCACAGUGGUGGCCUUGACGGCUUCGAGUUCCAUUUCGAUGACCGCGCAGUGUUGGGCCCCCAAGGGCCUCACUUGUUCAGAGACACCCCUGAGAUCCUGACAAAUCCCGACGACGAUGUCUUCCUCAACUUGUCCCCGGCUGCCGAGCCGAAGACCCCAGCCAAACCCAUCAACGCCCUCAACACUGCAGUGGCAGAACUCGACGAGUCACAAGUUCGAAACUGGACUCCUCGACAAGUCGCCGACUGGAUGGCUGAGGCGGGCUUCGAGCAAACGGUCGUGGAGAAAUUUCUCAUUCACGACAUCUCCGGCAGUGUCCUAAUCGACCUUCAAUUCGAGGAUCUCAAGGAACUCGAUAUCAGCUCCUUUGGCAAGCGUCACAGAGUCAUGAGCUCCAUCCACCAACUCCGAAACAGCAGCAUGAUUUCCCUUGAAGCACCCCUCUCAAGGACUCCUUCGAGAAACACGCGAAGUCCUCGGGCUGUGCAACGCGCUGCUCGCCCAGAAGAAUGCCACGUCGUUGUGGAUCGAUCUCGCUCCCGCAGGCGAGCUCGCCAGCCCGACAUCGUCACCCCCGCCGAGUCCAUAUCCAUUGUUGGCAUUGAGCAGGUCCUCCCCAAAGAGCACAAGUGCUCCAAAGGCGAAGACUGCCCCAAGUGGCAAAAGCAGCAACGGAGGAUCCUCCGCAUGCAGCGGGCAUGGGAGGAUGACGCACAUCGGCCUGUGUCUGAGGCCCGCUCCGAAGCCUUGCCGUCGGUCGUUGGCUCAUCAGACGUCCUGGGACCUUCCUCUGUGAAGAUCACCGCUGAAACCUUGAGCGGCGUCCAGCCUCGCGACCCCCAGGAGAGCGUCCGACAGUUCCUCAACUUCCAGCACCUCCACAACCCAUCGCACUCGAGUAACCCUUCGCCUCCUCCUGCCGCUUCUGCUUCAUAUGCCGUCAAGUCCGCUCACCUCGCCGAGCACCUCCGUGGGCUUCCUAAGCUCACCAUCCCUGUGGGACAAGCUCAAGACGAAAUUCCCUCGAGGACGCCCAUCUCCGCCCUCCAACAACCCACUCAGAUCCAGGCUCAACUCAAGGCCCAGCUCCAGCGCGAUCCAUACCACUAUGGCGGCGUUGCAUCUCCCGCGGACAUCUACCGCAUCGACACUCCCAUGUCGGCCACUGAUAUUCCUGUCACUGCCAUGGCUGCGGAUCCUUGCCAACGCGAUGUCUCUCAAUCUGUCCCCCCGGAGAUGCGAUAUGGCGCCGCUCCAGUGACGAUCAGCCCGCCUGAGCCCAUUCAGCGCUGCGUCUCAACCCAGCCUGCUCCUCCUCGGCGCCACAUCCGCCAGCAGUCUUUCACGCCCUCAGUGGCCCCCGUCAAGGAGAACGAUGCACAUGUGCCUCGUGCUGCCGCCCGAGUGACUGAACUCGACCUCGCCAACCAUCAAGGCUGGAUGCGGAAACGCAAGACGACCCGCAUGCUCCGACAUGAAUGGCAAGACAACUACUGCACCCUGGUUGGCAACAAGCUGACGAUGCACGACACUCACUAUGCCAACGCCACUGCGCUCGAGGACAUCGACGUGGAUGAGUACACACUGCACGCCUGCGCACAAGCGUCGAGCUCGAAGCUCAGCGCUGCGUUCAAGAAGAGUCUCCUCGGCCAGGGCAAGAGUCCCGCCGGCGACCAAUCAUUCGCCUUCUCCCUGAUCCCGGAUAACGAAAAGGUAAACAAGAAGAUCUUCGAAAAGGGCCAGAAGUCCCACCACUUUGCCGUCGACAGCUCCAAGGAGCGCAUCGAGUGGAUGAGAAAGCUGAUGCUGGCCAAGGCCAUGAAGAAGAACGACGCCUGCCGGAUCUGAAACUGCGCCGUCCUACUCGCCUUCCGUUACUACUACUACCUCCCUGUGAAUACUCUCCUCUUCUCAUGACUGAACGACUCUCCUACCAAGAUGUUGCCUCGCGGCAAUUCUCCUUUUUCUCACACCGUCCCCAUCAGCUCCCUUCUAUUACCUUGCAUCAGCCUCAGGAGAACAGCAACGCAACGGGAAUCAUCAUCUAUCAAUCACCUAUCAGCCUUGUUCUGCAUUUAGCGACCGGAGCAUUUAACAUUUUGACCUACGUACGACCGACCUUACCUGUCUGAUGGAUGGCGACCAUGAUCAGAUCAGGGACUUUUUGAGGGUUUGUCUGUUGUUGUCUGAUCUACUUCUUACUACACUAUUGUUGACCGAGAUACCCCCAACAUCUUCUAUCUUUCUACCAACUUGUCCCUUCCCAGUGGAGGGUACCAGCGAAAUCUCCUUUGUUGCAACACACACCCUCACUGCCACUGAGCAGUUGUCCCAGACCCUUCUGAGGAAGGAUGGGCUCUUUGAGCCGUGGACAAGAGUCCUCGUGCAUCCUCUAUAUAGCUACUAGCCUAGUCAACCAAAUCAUUGGGAGAGGUGAUGAGCCUGUCUCAUUGCCUCUAAUGAAAGAAAACAUUCUAUAACCCUUUUUGG